AGUAAGUUGGAGAGAACUAGAGAAGCAUAAAUUAUAGGAUAGGACCAAAUAGUAAAUACUACUACUACUAAUUAUCUAUAGUAUUUAUAGUAGUAGGUACCUAUUUUAAUUCAUGGUGAAUGUGAGAUGCGAUCUUAGACUGUCGAACUCGGUCGAUACAUGAAAAUUCAAAAUGCCUGUUGCAAUAAAAUAAAUUACAAAACGUUGUUUCUUAAAUUCAACACACUUAAUCAAUUUUCCAUGAAGUAAACCAGCAACUAUACCUCGCUCAUAGGUAGAAAACUUUGAGACCUACAAAGUUAAAUCAAUAUGCUAAUGAACGCGUGUGAUCCGAUUUUCAAUGCUAGUAUACAAUUGGAUGGCAGUUGUAUUUCAAGAGAAGACUAUUCCGUAGAAAAUCUUAUAUCGCCAGAUGCGGGGUUACGAAAAAGAGGAUUUCUAUGCGAGACUUUUAUUCGACCACCCGUGAGUUUAACAUUCAGUUUCCCGUUCGCGUUUGACAUUAAGUACGUAGUGAUCGGCACGCGGGUGGGUGGUCAAAAGUCCUCAGGAUUUCAGAUAUUAGCUGGACGCAGUGACAAUGUACAAAAGAUCUGUUCUAUGAUAACCGAAAAAGAGGCAAUAUUGUUUCAUGAUAAUAGUACGGAUUUAUCAACCUAUGGUAACGAUUACGAUAAAUGCUGUUUUAAUAUAUCGGCAAGUAGAAAUAUCAGAUCAGCAGAGAAGUUAUCUGUGCGUAUUUUCAAAACAGCAAAUUCCAUUCCAGCAAUAAGCAAGUUGGAAAUUUGGGGAAAGAUAUCAUGUGGUGUACCAAAAGAAAUCCAUCAAUCAAUAACUCGUAAUUGGGAAGAUAGUAAAAGACCAAAACAGAUACAAAAAAAAAUUCACAACUCACAACCGAUCACAAAAAUUAAUUCUGACGUUUUUGUUAUGUGUGAUGACUUUUUAGAUUCAAUUACUUAUGAAGUAAUGACAUGUCCUAUGGUUUUUCCUAGUGGAAAAUAUGUCGACAGAACAACAGUAGAAAAGUGCAUUGAACAUGAUACCAUGUAUGGACGUACACCUUGUGACCCUUUUACUGGAAUACCAUUUACAGAUAAACUAAAGCCGAUGCCUGUGCCUGAAUUAAAAGGUCGAAUUGAUUCGUUUUUAAUAAAACACGCAGACGAUGAAAAUGUUAAGUGUAUACCACGUGCAGUGGGUAAACACAGUUUUAGUUUUUACAAAGAACGACAGACUAAAAAACUCAAAGUACAAUGUAGUACAUGUAAUGAAAACUGUAAUUUGUAUAAUUUACCUUGUAAACACCUGCAAUGUAGAAAUUGCCUAAAGACUGAGAGAACUAAAUGCAAUGUUUGUCACAGUAACUUUAAUCGGAGUCAAAUAGAAAAAUAUCAUGAAAACCAUUAAUACAAACAAGAUUUUGUUACAACAUUGAUUACAACUAUGGUUUUCUGAUCAUUCCUUCAAAGACAUUUACUACUUCAUUAAUUAUAACUAAUAUAGUUAAAAUAAUUAAUUAUUAUAACUAUGUGGUUAAUAAUAGCAAUGACCACUAGUGAAAGGCAACGGCUGUUCAUCUAUUAUUUUAGUUUUUAAUUUACCAUUUUUUUAAAGUACAUACAUUAUGUGUUGGUUUUAUCGAUCUGACACUGUUGCAUAAAUAUUGCUUUGUACCUAUUGUAUUGCAAAAUAAAUGUGAAUUAUGUAAAAAAAAAUCCUUUAAAAGUAUUAAUUUAAACUAAAAAAAAUGUUUAGUCACAGUAAUAAAAAAGUUAGGCUGUAAUAUUUAUACACAUAUUAUUUAAAUGUAUUAACUGUUUUUAUUAUGAAUAUGGCCGUGAAAAAUAAUUAAAAUCAUUGCCUUAACAUGUUAAACACUGAUGUCAAUACAUUGUUGACACAAGUAAACAGGCAUCCAUGGUCAGUGUUAACAUGAUUUGACAUGAGUAAACUGGCGCUCGUGGCCGGUAUUUACAUGUUGAUAUACAGUAGCCUGUUUUGUAUCAACUUUUUAUCAGGCAAAAAUAGUAGAACAAAUUUGAAAUUUGUUUCUUUCAUUCAUUACCAUGCUGACUAUUUCAUUAAAUAUACCAAUUUUACAAUUGGCAACUGCAGGUCAAAUCACGGUAGCCGUGUAAAAUUAACGUCGGCAUUGAAUGGUUUAAGAAAAUAUAUACGUUGAAUCUUGAUUGUAAAACAUUUUUGUCUAUGCUUACUGCAACUGUAUAUUACCGAAGGGGCGAAGCAUCUUGUUCAUUGGAGUAAUACCACACUGAUGUCUGCUUACAUCAACCCUAAAAAUAUUGACCAAAAGGAUGUAUUGCCAAAGCGAGUUAUUUGGAAAGUUUCAAGCUAUAAACUAUAUUAUCUUGAGCAAAUAAAUUUCAAGUAUACUAUACAAUCCUAGUAGAGGUUUGGUUACUUGUCUACUGGCUAUAACAUCCAAUAACUUUGCAAUGCUGCUAAUACAUUCUAAAUUAAACAUCAACCUAGAAAUAUAGGUACUUAUGAGUUUUUUACUGCUGUCUGCCAUUCAUUCACACAGAGGAUCAAGUUGCAGUAGUAUUCACCUUUAGUACCAAGUUUAUUCUGAAUAUGAGAAUACUAAAUAGUAUUUGUAUGAAUAAUUUAAUAUAAUUAUGUAUUUCUACUCUUAAAUUGUUUAUUAAUAAAUACCUAUAUUACUAUAUAAGUA